GAUAACACCGCCCCUGCGUCGAAGUACCAUCCAUAGGAUGAUGGUCGCUACGAGGCACUCCUUGCCGUAGAAGAGAGAGGGGCGUUGGAGUAGUGGGGAAAAUAAACUAUCAGGAGAAUCUCUUGCCUAUAUAUCACUUCUCUCAGCUACUUCGAACUUGGCUUAGUUGCCAUCCUCUGAGACUUAGGUUCUGAUCAGGCUCUGUUUCACACAUCUCACUUCGUGUCGAGAAAAAUGAUCCUCCUUCCCCCGGCCAAGUUGGCUUUAAAGUCUCUGCAGGCAUGGUGCUUCGGCUUUGAGAUCUUCGGGUUGACACCAGUUCGACAGAGCCUUGACCCCGAACGCAAGGUACUCGUGGAUAUAUGUCAGGGCCUCCGGAUAGGAGGGUAUUCCUCGGCAGAAGUGUUUCUGCUCUGUGACAACUCGCUCCUUGAUGAGCAUACCAAACGUAUCUCCGACAUGCUUCACGACGACAUCAUUCUAAAACUAGCCGUUCUGACUUGGCACUUUGACGCAACGUCCCAAUUACCUUCACAAGAGCUUCUGGACUUUUUUGCACAACCCCACGACAAAGCUGACGCUAUGUGCAUGGCAUUGUGGGAAUCAUACACUUCGCAGACUGGAAACGAGAUGCCAUGCCGCAGCUUCAGGGAGGAACUAUUAGAUGACCUUGGUUUUGUCGAAUAUCUUGUUGGGAAUAGAUACAAUUUGAUGUUGAAUUAGGGGGUGGAAUUGCAUAAAACGAUGCCAGUCAGCAUCCUGUACCAUUUUGUGGAGGUCAAUUUCUGAAUUUUUUGUUCAAUUCGUUCUUACCUUCCUGAGUCGAUUUAUAAACUUCUCUAAUCGGCGAGGUCCGAAGAGAUGUUGCACUUCAUGAUAAGGGAGCUGCAAUUCUCCAUGACGAUGCAUGAAAUGGACGGGUAUUUUCUAGCAACUGGGAG